GUGUCUCCAGCCGGCCCCAUGCUCCGCGGGCUGCCAGUGGCCCCGACUGCCCGGCCGGGAGACAGUGAAAUGGGCAACAGCAUGAAGUCCACGCCUGCCCCACCUGAGAGACCCCUGCCCUGUCCAGAAGGCCUGGACAGUGACUUUCUGGCUGUGCUGAGUGACUAUCCGGCUCCUGACAUCAGCCCGCCCAUAUUCCGGUGCGGUGAGAAGCUCCGCGUCAUCUCCGACGAAGGGGGCUGGUGGAAGGCCAUCUCCCUCAGCACCGGCCGAGAGAGCUACAUUCCUGGAAUAUGUGUGGCCAGAGUCUACCACGGCUGGCUGUUUGAAGGCCUGGGCAGGGACAAGGCUGAGGAGCUGCUGCAGCUGCCAGACACAAAGAUCGGAGCCUUCAUGAUCAGAGAGAGCGAAACAAAGAAGGGUUUCUACUCGCUGUCAGUGAAGCACCGGCAGGUGAAGCAUUACCGCAUCUUCCGCCUGCCCAACAACUGGUACUACAUCUCUCCCAGGCUGACCUUCCAGUGCCUGGAGGACCUGGUCAACCACUACUCCGAGGUGGCCGACGGGCUCUGCUGCGUGCUCACCACGCCCUGCCUGACGCAGAGCACCACCGUCCCCGCCCCCGCCGCGCGGGCGCCCAGCUCUACUGUCACCCUGCGGCAGAAGACCUUCGACUGGAAGAGAGUGUCCAGCCUGCAGGAGGGCCCCCGUGGCGCAGAGAGCCCGCUGGGUGUGGACGAGUCCCUCUUCAGCUACGGCCUGCGUGAGAGCAUCGCCUCCUACCUCACCCUGACGGGGGACGAGCAUGCCCCCUUCGACCGGAAGAAGAAAAGCCUGUCCCUGCUGUACACCGGCAGCAAGCGCAAGAGCGCCUUCUUCUCCUCGCCGCCCUACUUUGAGAACUAGCCCGCGCCGCCACCAAGGGACCGCUGGAGGACGAUGAGUUGGGGAGCGGCAGGGCCUGGGGGCCCUCCUCCAAGGCCAGGGGGUCCCUGGGGAUUCAGGUUCUCAUCUUCUCCACACUGGGACAGAGGACACCCCUCCCUGUGAGGUCACCGCCUUCUGACUCCACCGGACACUGUUUCAGGGACCUGCGUGCUGUGCCGGCCUAUGACGUGUGAUGUGCUUGUCCAGAAACAGCCUGCGUGGCCACCUGCUACACACACUCCAGAGAACUACUGCCGGAGAAGCCCAGGAGAGUGGCCCUGGGCGCAGGGCAGCCGUGGCAGCUGGGUGGUCCGCACGGGCAAAGGGACUCUGAGCUUUUGGUAUCCCCCCCCUUGGGGCCUUCGGCAUGUACUUCUUUGAAAGGAACCGCAGCGACACUAAGCAUUAGUCUUCCUUCCGCUCUGUUUUGUGCGACAGUGGGGAGUCCAGCUGGGAUGGGAAGGAAUUAUAGGCACCCCUCACCCCCAACUCCAAUCUCUUAGCGGGCUCCGAGACACCAUGUCUGUGCCUCCCCGCUUCUGAAGAGGGUAGGGACCAACGGGAGCUGGGGGAGGCCGCAGGCCGGGGACAGAUAGGGUGCCCAGGCGUGGGGUGGCCUUAAUGAUGUCCAGCCAGGGCUUAGCAACACAGAGUGCGUGGCAGUGGCUGAGAACCUGGCCUCCGGAAGCCACCCACUGUUCACUCAUAAUUAUAGUUCUGUGGGAGAUGCCUGGCCCCCCAAACCAACCAACCAACAGCCCUAACAACCACAAAAGAUGGUGAAGCCCCACGCCCAUCAGCAAUGUGAACUCACAGAGAGCUAGGGGAGCUAAAGGGAGGGUUCAGCUCCUGGCUUAGGAUGGGGUGGGAUGCAGUUGGGGAGCGUCCAGGUGCUCCCAUUCCAUUGAGUCUUCGGGGUGGGAUGCAGGUAGUGAGGGGGUUGAGGAAGUGAGAAUGGCAGGUAUUUGUCGAAAUAGAAAUGCGUGCGUUCUAGAGAACAGAUCCACUUCAUAUUUUAU